AUGGCAGGGCCACAGCGGCCUACCAUUUCCUCCUCCCGGAGUUCAAUGCGCCCUCCAGCCCGACCGAAUGUGCCCCAUUAUGCCUCCAUGACUGGCCGAGCUGCAUCGCCAGCACCAUCCAACGCUUCGAGUAACAAUUCUAGCGCCGGUGUCAAGAGGAAGGAAAGAGACUUUGAUCAUGACCAUGGGGAGGAGACCAAUAUUCACGUGGUUGUUCGGUGUCGAGGUCGCAGCGAACGAGAGGUGCGCGAGAACAGCGGCGUGGUAGUGUCAACAACCGGUGUCAAGGGACAGAAUGUGGAAUUAUGUAUGGGCCCGAAUGCGAUCAGCAACAAGACCUACUACUUCGACAAAGUCUUCUCGCCGGCUGCAGACCAAGCAAUAAUAUACGACGAUGUGGUCGCACCCAUACUCAACGAAAUGUUGACUGGCUUCAACUGCACGAUAUUUGCGUAUGGCCAGACGGGCACCGGGAAGACGUACACCAUGUCCGGGGACAUGACGGAUACAUAUGGAUUGCUCUCCGACGCGGCCGGCAUUAUACCGCGAGUCCUCUACUCCCUAUUUCAAAAGCUAGAAUCGGACGAAGUGGAGUGCUCGGUGAAAUGCUCCUUCAUCGAAUUAUACAAUGAAGAGUUGCGAGAUCUACUGUCGCCGGAUGAAACCGUCAAGCUCAAAAUUUACGACGAUUCGAGCAAAAAGAGCCACACCGCCACGGUUGUUCAAGGCAUGGAGGAAUCAUACAUCCAAAAUGCAGCGGCCGGAAUUAAGUUGCUUCAACAAGGAAGUUACCGGCGUCAAGUCGCUGCCACCAAAUGUAACGAUCUCAGUUCUCGAAGCCAUACUGUAUUUACGAUCACAACCUACAUGAAGAAACCCAGCGAAACAGGCGAAGAUUACAUAUGCUCUGGCAAACUCAACCUCGUGGAUUUGGCUGGCAGUGAAAACAUUCAACGAAGCGGGGCGGAGAACAAACGCGCUGCCGAAGCCGGCCUGAUCAACAAAAGUCUCCUCACACUGGGAAGGGUCAUCAAUGCCCUUGUUGACAAAGGUUCGCAUAUCCCUUAUCGGGAAUCCAAACUCACGAGAUUGCUGCAAGAUUCCCUGGGUGGCAGAACCAAGACUUGCAUAAUAGCAACGGUUUCACCUGCCAAAAGCAAUCUCGAAGAGACCAUUUCCACCCUGGAUUAUGCAUUUCGUGCAAAGAACAUCCGCAACAAACCUCAGGUCAACUCGAUGAUUUCCAAGAAAACACUGUUGAAAGAGUUCACAUCAGAAAUAGAAAAGUUGAAGAGCGAGCUGAUUGCAACCCGACAGCGCAACGGAGUCUACCUCUCCAACGAGCAAUACGAAGAGAUCACGGUCGAAAGCGAGUCGAGGAGGAUAUUGAGCGAAGAGCAGAGAGCCCGGAUCGAGACCUUGGAAGUGAGUCUGCGGAACAAGGUGCAGGAACUGUUCAGUUUGACCAACAACUUCACAAUCAUGAAACGAGAUACUGAGGCCACGCGCGCAACGCUGGAAAGUACGAAAGAUAUACUUGUCCAAACAGAGGCAGUCCUUGCACAGACCGAGAGGGACUUGGCUGAAGAGGCUGUGCUGCGUCAAGCACACGAGCUGACAGAAGAGCAACUUUUUAGCAUCGGGACCGAGCUGGUUUCGACGGUUGACGCAUCAUUGAAUGAUGUUGACGGACUUCAUGCCAAACUGAGACGACGCUCUGACCUACAUCACCAGAACCGAGUCUCUUGGGAGAGUUCAGUCGGCCGGGUCACAGACGUGUCUCAGCUGGUCGAUGCUCGGAUUGAACAAUUUCGAAUGGCACAUGCCGAAAUGGUCGACGCCACCACGGCGCGGUUGGAGGAAUUCCUGUCCGCUGAGAAGGCGCAUUUGGAGAAAUCGGCUGGGCUGGUCGUCGCAAGAGCAGCAGAACUUGGUGAGAACCAUGCUGAAAUAGAAAGCCAAUGCUCAGGGCAGAAGGACGCCGUCAACAACGUGCUCGAAGAGAUCAAAGACCUUCGCGACGAUGUCAAAGAGAAGGUCGGUGUGGGUUUACAGGGUCUGUCUCAAGCGGCAGCCAAAAUAUCAGCAGAGGUGAUUUCCGAGCUCGAACAGUUCCAUACCCAGUUACAUUCGUCCUUCAGUGGACUGGGGAAGGAUUUCAAAGCCCUCUUUGAGGACAUGACCAAGCAACUGGCCGCUCAACGCGAAGUGGCAGAUUCUUUGCGGUUUGCACUUCAGGAAGCGAAUUGCGCAAACAUUGAAGCGCAACUGGCAGCUUCAACACAGCUGGAAAUCAUUCGCGACGAGGAGAAACAGGCAGCCGCCAAGGAGAAAGAAAGGUUGAAAGAGCAAAUCCUCCAAUUUAUCGACUCGUCAUACGAGCGACAAGAAGAGAGAUUUUCCAGCAGGUUGAUCAACACUCAAUCUCACCUGCUCGAAGCGACCGAACAAUUCGAGAACGCCGACAAGGUCUAUCGUGAAGGCAUGGACAGAUGGACUGCUCAAGACAGUCACCUGAUGAUAAAGGUUGUCACCACGAAGGAUGAUCUGAAGACCAAGAUGAAGGGAGAUUGGACGGCCAUAAGCACCCGGAACAACGCCAUUCAAAAAUCCACCAAGGCCGUCCACGAGGAGACAGUCAAGAUCGUCGAUGCUCAAUUGACGCAGAUGGCCACUCAAAUGGCCGCUCUUGAUGAAUUCGUGACUCGAGCGAGAUCUCAGAAUGAAUCUCAUCAUGCUGAACGCGUCAAUGGACUGAAGAAGGUCGUCGGUCACGCUCAAGAAGGAUUCGCCGACCUCGGAAAUCAGUUAGCGACACGCACCGGGGAGCUCGAACUGUUGGACAGCGACCUCAAGUUCCAAACAGCAGAACUCGACGGCUUGAGCAGUUCUCUGCACGACGGCACGCGACCACUGCUCCGAGAUCUGACGGAGGAAAUAUCGACAGCAGGAUUGAUGGACUAUGUUCCGACAGGACACACGCCACAGAAACGGGAGUGGAAUUACCCGACUACCUUGCCCCGAACCGAAAACCAUGACUCCAUCAUCGCAAGGCUGAGAGGUCUUCCUGACCCGGCCCUGGCAACCAAGACACCAUCGACAGCCCGGACGCCGGGACGAUCGCCACGCAAACAGCAACAGCAACAACAACAAACAUCUCCACGCAAACCACCCGCAUCGCCGUCAAAGCAGUCCAGUCCGAGCAAGACCAAAGUCUUCACUGACAUCGACCCUUCGGCGACAGUCGCACAGCAGCAAUUGUCUUCUCAGUCCCAAUAUUUACCGCACAUGGAUUUCACAGUCGCCGGUGGAUCAGCCGAACCGAUGCAAACGAAAUCAGGCAGUCUCAAGGAAAUCGACAUCAAUGUUGCCGGAAAACCGGCCCCGGCCCCGGCCUCCGCUGCUGGUACUACUACUGCUAUCCCAGACGAAAAGGAACGACCUGUAUUACUGGAUUUCAGCAAGAGCGUCGGCAGUGGCGGUGUAGCUGGGCAACCGCCCUUGAAGAGACAUGCCACCACCAAUGCCGUGGUGGAGAGUAAACUGCCCAUGAAACUGGGGCGGGCGAAGAGUGCCAUGCCCGGAGUGGGGAUGGGAAUGGGUGUUGGUGUUGAGAAUUUCAGUCAGAGUGUUGGUGUUGGUGGUGGUGGUGGUCGCGGCGGGAGAAGGUUGAGAAGUAGUCCGCCUGAAUGA